UAAAUAAACAAGCAAAAUAUCAAUAAUUAUUUCAAACUUUAAUACCAAAGUAAUUAAUAGUAAAAUCUAAUAAAUCUUUAGAAGAUUUUAAUCUACAGGAUUCCAUUUGAAGUUGGUCAGAGUUGUUAUUUAAGGUGUAAGUAAUAAGUCGAUAGUGAAUGAUUUGAAAGAGGCAGAAAAACAAAUCAGUAGAUAUAUACUACUGAAAUACUUGUACAACUACUACUCCCACUGGUGAAAUAGAUCACAAGUGCAUCAUGGGGAAUUUUGUUGGACCAAGAAAAAAGUUGUCAAGAGAAGAUCUAACCUUUCUCAAGGAAAAUACACAUUUCACUAAACGGCAAAUAAAACAAUGGUAUAAUGGAUUUAUUCGUGAUUGUCCAUCUGGUCAAUUGAGUAAAAAGAAAUUCAUUGAAGUUUAUUCAGGAUUUUUUCCAGAUGGUAAUGCAGAAGAGUUUUGUACACAUGUAUUUCGUACAUUCGAUAAAGAUAAUUCAGGAAGAAUUGAUUUCAAAGAAUUUCUAUUGGCUAUCAAUAUCACUUCUGGUGGAGAUCCUGAAGAGAAAUUAGAAUGGGCCUAUCAAAUGUAUGAUAUAGAUGGGAAUGGGACAAUAGAACGUACAGAAAUGGUUGAGAUUAUACGAGCUAUCUAUUCAAUGCUUGGUACAGACAAUACAGCUGUUGAUAUAAGUCCAGAAGCUAGAGCUGAAGAAAUAUUUGAAAAAAUGGAUGAAAAUGGUGAUGGAGUGUUAACACGUGAAGAGUUUAUGAAAGGAUGCAUGGAAGAUAGUCAACUUAAGGCUAUGCUGUUAGCAGAUGAUCCUGUUGAAUAGAUAAUAAAGAUAAAUAAAAAAUUUUAAAAAGUGAACUAAAGAAGAACAAUUAAAAAAGAAAUACCCAGUAACAGCUUCAAAUUAUUGUUUGAUUCCUCUUUAUCUUCAUCAUUGAGUAACUUUCUAAUCGAUUCAUAUUCUUAAAUAUAUUUAAAAGUAACACAGAAAAACAUAUUGACUAAUUUUCUAUUGUUUCUAUCUAGAUUAUAAACUUUUAUUUGUAUACCGCCUUUUCAAUGUUCAAUGGCGGAUAAUAUCAUUUGAUUUGUCUACACACUUUUGCAUUUUUGCACCUCUAUUGAUGAUUAAGAAAGUAUCCUAUUCACGUUAAAUAAAUGACAUAUAACUACUAAAUACUACUGACCAUGGUUAAUCACAAGUUGAAUAUGAUUGAAAAACUGAUCCAAUCCUAAUAAUAAUAAUAAUAAUAAUAAUAAUAAUAAUAAUAAUAAUAAUAAUAAUAAUA